AAACAAAAAAUACCUGAUGGUAUUACAUUGUUUUUAGAUCUAGAAGACAAGACUGAAGAAGCAUUAGGAACUUUCACAAGCCUUGAGAAAUCCACAUAUGGUAAUAAAUCAUUGGGUAGUUCAGGACAAGGUGGAGAAUUCAUGUCUUGUGAAUGUCAAGAAUAUUGGGAUGGAGAUGUUAAUUCUGCAUGUAAUGAUGAUUAUUGUAUCAAUAGGGGUACGAAAAUCGAAUGUAUAAAUGGUCAUUCAUCAUGUGGGAAUGAUUGUUCUAAUCAAAGGUUUCAAAAACAAGAAUAUGCACCAAUAAAUGUUAUUCAAACUGCUAAAAAGGGUUAUGGUGUUCGUGCUGAAAAGGAUAUUGAACCUGAUACUUUUAUCUAUGAAUAUAUUGGUGAAGUUAUUGAUGAAAAGGCAUUCAAGAGAAGAAUGAUUGAGUAUGAUGAAUUAAAUUUCAAACAUUUUUAUUUCAUGAUGUUACAAAAAGGUGAAUUUAUCGAUGCAACAAGAAAAGGUUGUUUAGCAAGAUUUUGUAAUCAUUCAUGUAAUCCAAAUUGUUAUGUGGAAAAAUGGGUUGUUGGACAUAAAUUGAAAAUGGGUAUUUUCGCCAAAAGAAGAAUUUUGAAAGGUGAAGAAGUUACAUUUGAUUAUAAUGUUGAUAGAUAUGGUGCAAAUGCUCAACCUUGUUAUUGUGGUGAACCUAAUUGUAUCGGAUUCAUUGGUGGUAAAACUCAAACAGAAGCUGCUUCAUUAUUACCACAAUUCAUUUCUGAAGCUUUAGGUUCAACUAUUGAAGAUGAACAAGAAUUCUUGAGAGAAAAACAAGAUAAGAAUGAAAAAAUUGUUAAAAAUGAUAAUAAUAUGAACGUUGAAUAUAUUAAUUCAUUAAUAAUGAAACCUAUUGAUAUAUUUGAAGUUAAUAAAGUGAUGGGUGUAUUGUUACAAUGUGAAGAAAGUUUAAUUGCAGAAAAAUUGAUUGAAAGAAUUGAAUUAUCAAAUCAACAAGCUAUUCAGUAUAAACUAAGUUAUGCGCAUGGUUAUACUUCAUUAGGGAGAUUGUUGAAAAACUAUUAUGAAGGUGAAAGUCAAUUCAAGAUUGAUGAUGAUUUAGUAUUGAGAAUUUUGAAAAUUUUACAAAAUUGGCCAAAAGUUUCCAAAACCUAUAUUAAUAAAGUGGAGAUAAUACCAACAGUUUCAGAAUUGAUUGAAAACACUAAUGAUGAUGAAAUUAUUGAAAUUUCUAGAGAAUUAUUAGAUAGAUGGGCAUCAUUUGAAGAAUUUAAAAGAAUUAAGAAAUCUGAUAAACGUGUUGGAAAUAAAUUUGUCUUUGAUUCAAGAAGACAACAUAGAAAUGAAAAUUUAUCACCUUCAAGAUCUCAAACACCACCAGAUUCUGAAUUACCACCAGGAUGGCAUGCUGCCAAAGCACCAACUGGAGAUACCUAUUAUUUUAAAGAAGGUUCUAACUUGACACAAUGGGAAAAACCACAGAUUGUUAAACCGGAACCAGAAAAAUAUGAAUCUGAACGUCGUGAAAGAGAAUUAUAUCAAUUACAAAAAGAACAGAGAGAAAGAGAGAUGCAGAAGCGUGAUUUUGAAAGAAGAAAAGAGAGAGAAAUGAGUCAACAAGCUAAUGAUUUAGCUAAAAUCAUUGCAAAUGCCAAAAGAUUGGAAGAACAAAAACUUGCCAAAGAGAGGGAGAUCAAAAAAUUAGAGGAGGCUAAAAAAAGGAAAAAAGAAGAGUAUAAAAGAAAAAUGUCGAUUAAGAAAAGUGCAUCAACUUCAAAAGAAGGAACACCAAUUGGUUCAUCAUCAGCACCGUCAUCAGUGACAUCUAUAAAUAUAGCUGCAUUUGAAAAAAAUUGGUCAAAAUUCUUUGCACAAUAUAUUCCAAAUAUGUUGAAAAAAUAUAGAGAUGAAAUAGGACAUGAUAAUUUAAAACAAUGUGCAAAAGAUAUAACUAAAAUCUUGGUUGAUAAAGAAUUUAAAAAGGAUUCAACUAAAAAACCACCGUCUGAAUUAGAUAAUGAGAAACGUAAAAAAGUUAAACAGUUUGUUGAAGCAUAUAUGGAUAAAUUUUUGAUUAAAUAUCGUGCAAAGCAUCAAAAGAGAAGACAUGAA